UGCUGGUUUACGAGUGCGAAGCCGUUAAAAGGGCAAUUUACGAGAAUCAAUCUCGAUAAGACGCCUCACCCGUCGGGGCAAGGACAUAUCGGUCUCAAGGUAUACCGGCACAGGCUUGCUAUGGUGGCCAAGGGGGAAGCACUCUUGCUUUCUAUAACAUCGAAAACUUGGCAAAUUUCCCAUCUGUGUCGCAACAAGGGUUGCUUCCGGCCUGAGCACGUGGAGAUGGAACCAGCUGAGCUGAACGCAGCGCGGGACGAGUGUCGGGGUAAAAGCAUCUUUAUGCUACCAAAUUGUGGCGUCUUACACCCGUGCCCACACUGGGACUGGCAAGGCAGGCAAGGCCACCUAAAGUGCAUUCUGCCAGUCGAAUACAUA